GUCUCUGCUGUGACUGUGUAUCACUUCAGAUGCUCAGACAGAAUUAAAAAUGCGCUCCUCCGCCUUGUCACCAGUGUUGUGCGCAUUUUCUUGACAAGCCCGUGAUUCCACAGCAUGGUGCUCGGACUCAGAGGCUCAUCACUGUCUUCAUACAUAACCAUUAAAACUCUCUCGGACGCCUAGUUAGACGGCAGACCACGCACAGCACCGCGCAGCACCUGUCCCCACCUUCAGAGAAGAAGAUGCAGGAGGUGGGCAGUACCCAGCGAGUCUCUCAGCGGGCCUUCAGCAUCCUGGAUCGUCUGCUGCUCACACAUCCUGUGUGGCUGCAGCUAUCACUCAACCAGGACUCUGCCCUCUAUAUGCUGCUCAGAGAGCCUAUUGGGACCUUUCUGGUGCGUAAAUGCAGCUCCAGCCAGAGGAAGGUGCUGUGUUUGAGAGUGACAGCGGACAAAAGUGCCUCCUCUGUUAAGGAAUGCUUCAUCUGUGAGGAGGACUCCACAUUCGCCUUGGAGAGCUCAGCACUCAGCUUCCCUGACCUGUGUCGACUGGUGGCCUUCUACUGUAUCAGCAGAGAUGUGUUGCCCUUCCCACUGCAGCUACCAGAGGCCAUCGCUAAAGCCUCAACGCACAAGCAGCUGGAGGCCAUUUCACACAUGGGACAAGAUUUCUGGAACGCGCCAAGUGCUUCAGAGAUCCAAAACGGACCGGUGGACCAAGUUGCAUCAACCAGCGGCAGCCAGGGUCAGACGUCAGUGACCCAGGACCGAUGUACCCUGCUGACCCGAGGUAGACAAGGCAAACUCUGCUUCAUCAACCCGCUCUUCCUACAGCUGGAGGUUAGCAAGCAGCCACAACUCAUAAACCAUAGUGCCUCCAAUAAACGGCACCGCUUCAAGCGCAGCAUGCGGCUCCGGCUCUCCGAGUCCUCCAUGAAUCUGUCCCUCGAGGGGGUUGGCUCCUACUCACCUUCCUCGUCAGGGGAGCAGACUGGCGGGUCAGAGAGGCUGCAGAAGGCCGGCACCAACCCACAGAGAAGAGUUCAUGCCGGGGCAGGGGUCCUGAGGAGAACCCCUGCUGUAUCACCGGGGUCUGCAGAGGAAGAGGACAUGAUGUCUGUCUAUGUGCCACAAACAUCUGCAAAGGUGGACGAGCCUCCACAGCCCCAGCAGUCUGCCCAGGCUGAGGAGCCAGGCAUAGAAGUGGCAGUUCUGGCCAUGGAGCGCCGCCCGGCUCCGUCCCUGGCUGAGCUAGACAGCAGCAGCUCCUUCAGCAGCAUGGAUGAGGACACUGACUCGGAUUCAGAUCCAGAAAGCAUGGCCCGAGCCCAAACUCACAUCUACCAGCGCCCGCCGCUCGUGCGCUCUCGAGGCCGUGGUGGGAUGCACCGUAUGAGCGAGGCGUUUGUGUGCUUCUUUGCUCCGGACAAGAGGCUGACGCGAUUGGUGGAGGAGCUGUCCAGAGAUAGGCGCUCCACCUUUGGGGGCAUGGUUCAGGACUUCCUCCUGGCACAGAGAGAGGUGCUCAAAUCCCUGGCUUCCUCUUCUUCAUCGCCGUCCUCUUCCUCGUCACGUGUGACUUCUGUGCAGCUCCUGCAGAGUCUGCGCCUUUUUCUGUCCCAGGCGAAGUGCUGCCUGCUGGACAGCGGAGAGCUGGAGCCUCCCAUUGAAACCCUGGUGCCAGAGAACGAGAAAGACCUGGCGCUGGAGCGGGCCAUGUUCUCAUGUGUGCUCAGGCCCCUGAGGUCCCACCUUGAAAAAGCUCUGGUUGAGUUGCACAAUCAGGACGGCACCAGCCAGCGUCUCACCCAAAACCUGCUCCGUCUGAAGGGGGACGCCGCCAUGGAGCGGCUCGGCGUGCGGACGGGUGUCCCUGACAGCCGCGGGGUGGAGCGGGUGAAGCAGAAGCUGAUCCUGAUGCAGAGGACACACUCGCCCAUUGACAAGGUGCUGCUGCUGCUGCAAGUGUGCAAGUGCGUCCACAAGGCCAUGGGGUUCUUACAUGGACAGGAAGUGAGCUGGGAUGACUUCCUGCCGUCGUUGUCUUACGUGAUUGUGGAGUGUAACAGGCCUCAUAUCCUUAUAGAGGUGGAGUACAUGAUGGAGCUGCUGGAGCCCUCCUGGCUCGGAGGAGAGGGUGGGUACUACCUGACCAGUGUGUAUGCCAGCCUGUGUCUGAUCCAGAGCCUGGACAGGGAGCAGUCGUUCUCAGGCUGCCUGACACCGGAGGCCCAGGAGGCGCUGAAGGAGUGGAGCUGCAGACGGAGCCAAGAGGCCCAGAGGCAAAAGGAGAACCAGCAGAGCCAGAGGUGCGUUCGGAUACUGUUCCAGGACGGGGAGCGGAGCGCCGUAAGGACGUUGCAGUGGAGAGCCGGGGAGACCAGCCAGGCCCUGGCGCAGCUGUGCGCCGCCACCUUCGGAGUGUCUGACCCGCAGCAAUACACCCUGUACUGGCGCAGCGGCGGCGAGAUGAGGGCCCUGCCGCCUCAGGCCCAGCCCCAGGACCUGGCCAGCCACAGCGAGGGAGGCCCCUCGCUCUCCUACCUGAGGACCGACCACGACUUCAGCAAGAUGCGGCGGCUCACCAGAGGUGGCGCCGUGGACCUGAGCGAGUCGGUGUGUGAGGAGUGAGUGGGAGGAAUGGAGGAAGGAGGGAGGAGGAGGAGGAGGAGAUGGAUGGUUGCUCUCACUUUCUCUCUCUUUCUCUCUCUUGUUCUGUCUCUUUCUCUCCGGCGGUGUGUUGUGUCUCAUCGUGGGUCAGGACUUGUUGUGAAAAACUACAGCCCUUCUCCAGACUAGGAGCAGACCUUAAAUGGUAAACUUUUCCCUAAAUGGACCAACAUGCAGAGCAGAGCAGGACCAACAUAGGGACUGUUGCCAAAAGUUGUACUAUGUACCACUCAGUGUGGCUGCUGGUGUAAAGGAGUGUACUAUUUGUGACAUGGAAAAUAUGUAAUAAAUGGAUUUGGUUGUUAUUUGAAACAUGAACCCAGAGUUAUACCAUGAAGGGAUUACAUCAUUAAAAUGUGAGGAAGCUCAAAUCCAAAGACAAAUUCUGUGAGACUACUGUUGCCUGGAAACAAAAUCACUUCCUGUACGCACACGAGAAGGCAAAUUGUCCACCGUAGUGAUGUAACCCUUUCGCAGUAUAGUUCUGGGCAAAACCUAAAAUGUUUUAUUACUUCACUUUUAUGUGUAAAAGUCUGUAGAUCUUGGGAUGGAACCAUGUUGUGAAAGGGUUUGGGGAUACAAACCUUUCUGUGCCCCCUGGAAUACAGUUUGACAAAAAGGUGAGAUGUGUUAUAGCCAAGACCAAACCUCAAUACCAAAGUGACAAAAAAACAGAUAAAGAGAGGCCAUUUUGUGAUACAACAGGUGUUUUACUUUGAAAUAAAUCAGGUUUACAAGCUCGA